CGGUUCCCCUCAGACAUGAAGCAACACCAGAACCAGAACCAGAACCAGAACCGGGCCGUAAAUCAGCCUGUCGUUGAGGUCGAUGGGCUGGAGGAGCGGGGCGGAACCGCGGGUCACAUGACCACCGCCCACUUCCUGUUCAGGACAAUAAGAGACCAGAACCAGUCAGAACCAGCAGACCCAGUCAGGACAGAACCAGAACCCGUCCUCGGCUCGGAGCAGCUGCUGCCGGAUCGGACCAGGAUGUGGACGUGUUUGAUCCUCCUCAGCCUGCUGGAUCAGAACCAGGCUGCUCCUCUUCCUGGGAAACAUGGAGACCUGGUUCUGAUGGUUCUGCAGCAGCAAGUGGCCCAAACUGCGUCCAGCAGAGUCAAAGGAAACCAGAACCAGAUGAUCGGUCACGGUGCUGCUGGGUUCUGUCUGCAGGUCACCGCCGCCCCGUCGGACCCGCCACAGAGGACAUCGUCCUCCUCUUCAUCCUCCUCCUCAUCAUCAUCAUCAGACUCCUCAGAGUCCAGCCAGAGGUCCAUGACGUUUCAACUGCUGAAGGAAAGACAGCAGGAGGAGGACACGGCGGUGGAGCAGAUGGACUCUGAGGAGAGCUCAGAGCUGCUGCUGCCUCCCAGUAUCACCAGCACCACCAGUCUGACAGAUGGAGGACGAGAUCAGGUGUUGCUCCAGACCUCGCUCCACCUCCUGAACAGCCAGGAAGUGGGCGGGGACGUCAUAGAAAGGGGCGUGUCCUUGGGCAGUGUGGGCGGAGCUACGCUGCGAUCAGCAGGUGGAGACGCCAGCGAAGCCGAGGAAGAGGAGAAGAACGACCUUCAUCCUCUGACAGACGACAGCCUGGAGGGUUCAGAUGGAACGACCUUUCACCUUCCUGGUUUCCAUGGUGAUGAGGCGGGGCUAGAGCUGGCGCUGUAGCAGAGACCACGCCCCCUGCUGUUCACCUUUAUAGUAACCAUGUAGCUGAUUGAGCUGCUAUUACUGAAGCUCAUUAGAUGAUCAAUAAUCAAUAAUCUGAUGAUUUAAUAAAAAUAUUUACAUCUA